UAAACAAACAAGAUGGCGGCCACCUGUAGUUCCUUUCAAGUAGUACCUCCACCAAGGCUAGAGCAUUAUGUUAUCACCGAGAAAUUAGGCCAGGGAACUUACGCAACUGUAUAUAAGGCAUUCAAAAAGGGUAACACCAGAGAUGUGGUCGCAAUCAAAUGCAUUCAAAAAAGUUCCCUAAGCAAGACUUCUACAGAGAAUCUACUCACUGAAAUUGAAUUACUUAAAAAACUGGAUCAUGAGCAUAUUGUCAAAUUAAAAGACUUUGGGUGGGAUGAUGAAUACAUUUUCCUCAUAAUGGAGUAUUGCAGUGGUGGUGACUUAUCCAGGUUUAUUCACAGCAGAAGGGGUCUACCUGAGCCUAUUGCCAGAAAAUUUUUACGACAGUUAGCUCUUGCACUUCAAUUUCUGAAUGCAAACAACAUAGCUCACAUGGAUCUUAAGCCUCAGAAUUUGCUGUUAUCAGACCCUCAAAAUCCUGUUCUAAAAUUGGCAGAUUUUGGUUUUGCACAGUAUUUACACAGUGAAGAGGAGACAAAGACACUGAGAGGGUCCCCCCUGUAUAUGGCACCAGAGGUGAUUUGUUCAUUAAAAUAUGAUGCCAGGGUAGAUUUGUGGUCUGUAGGUGUUAUCCUCUAUGAGGCACUGUUUGGUGUGGCACCUUUUGCCUCUGCGUCUUUUGCGGAACUUGAGAAGAAGAUACGAUCUUCAGCUCCCAUUGUGCUCCCUGUUGGGACAAAAGUGUCACCAGAUUGUCAGGACCUCAUGUUGGCCUUACUACAGAGGGAUCCCACAGACAGAAUCUCCUUUGAUGAGUUCUUUGCACACCCUUUUCUUGAUUUAGAGCAUUUCCCAUCACCAGCCUGCUUAGAGAGGGCUGUAAAGCUUGUGACUGAGGCCAUUAAAAUGGAUGAUGCUGGUGAUUUGAAAGAAGCUGCUAAACUCUACUGUGAAGCUAUGGCCUUCUUUCUUCCAGCCAUUGAAUAUGAAAAAGACCCAGAGAUGAAAACAAGAUUGCGAGAGAGGGUGAACCAGUACAUGAACCGAGCAGAAGAACUGAAACAGUGUUUUAAAACAAAGGAGCAAAGUAGUCCUGAUGAGUUACUUGCGCGGUACAGCAGGGACCACCCCGAGUUGAGAGAAGCUCUUCACCUUGCAAGUAUCGCAGAAAUUAGAGAUGAGCAUGGAGCUUAUGACAGUGCACUGGAACAGUAUCAAGUGGCACUGGAGGCACUUUUACCCAUAUUAUCAGGUACGCCUCGUGGAUCGUAUAAGGAAGCGGUACAUUUAGAGGUGGAUAAGUAUAUGAGACGAGCAGAAGAAAUCAAGGUUUACCUCAAGCUGGGUAAAGAAAAAAUGAGCGUUGUGCCAGAGGCAGUCGGAGAAGAACAAGCACGGUGUGUACUGCAGUGAGAGCCAACUCAGGUUUUCCCAUGGAAACCGGAAGAGAGUGCUCGAUUGUGAUGCUUUGGAUUUCUCUUGCUCAACAUGAGAAGCUUAACUUUGUGGUAAUGGAUAGCGAGCCGGCGGAAGUAGGGUCUGUGUAACAGGAUGUUGAAAUCAAGGUUACGGAAAUGCGCACAAAUCAAAGACUUUUGUGUCUAAAUUCUAAACUUGAAACGCUGCUGGAGCCCAAGCACUUUGAAAUUCGCUUCAAGUGUUAUUUCCACUAGUGAAGUGAUUAAUGAUUUUGAAACAAGGAGUGACCAUUGACCAUUGGUGACAGUGUUUCUCUAUCAUUGAAAGAUCUUUGAAACACAUAGUUUGUUUGAGAGAUUCUUGAUGAUCGAACUUCAAGAUAAAGUGAUGUUAUCUUUCAAUUUGUUUUUCGCUGCUAGAUUUUUCAAUGCACAGUUGUUUUAUUCAGACAUGGACGCAUAAGACUUACUAUCAAGUAAGAUAAAUAGAAAGAAACGAACUAGCUAAAACAAAAAAAACUUAAUGUUGACCAGACUUAAAAUUUAUUAUGUAACAUAUUGACUGUAGCUUAAACAAAGAGAAUCUCAAAAUUCCCAAUGGCAGCAGGUGUACAAUAGGAAUAAAAAAAAUGUUCGGAAAAAAUAAGGAACACAGUGAUUAUUUCUGUACAACGUACAGUCUCCAAAGUUUCCCAUCCAGGAACCCUUAGAAGGGCGUCCGUAAUAUCGUUUUCAAUCUGGUUUAUCAAUGAGAAAAACAUAGGAAUGGAAAAUGUAAAGUUCUGAGUCGAGCACGGAAAUACAAUAGCCCUUAUUGCAUUUACGCCCACUGUACGAGAGCUCAGCGGA